AGGUCCAAAUCUGCAAAGAAUUUUCCUUUCCUCAAGCUAGAAUUUUAUGCAGAAAACCCUAAUCCCAAAAUUCUUGAAUUUGUUCUCGUUCUGAUCCAAAUUCGACACUAAUUUGAUCCUCUGCUGACUCCCUCUCUCUUCCUCCUCAAAAUGAUUCGAUUUAUUUUGCUCCAAAAUAGGCAAGGAAAGACUCGGCUUGCUAAAUACUACGUCCCUCUCGAAGAAUCAGAGAAGCACAAGGUCGAAUACGAGGUUCAUCGGUUGGUGGUCAACAGGGAUCCUAAGUUCACCAAUUUUGUUGAGUUCCGAACACACAAGGUUAUCUACAGAAGAUAUGCUGGACUCUUCUUUUCCAUUUGUGUUGAUAUAACUGAUAAUGAGCUAGCAUACUUGGAAUGCAUCCAUUUAUUUGUGGAGAUAUUGGAUCACUUCUUCAGCAAUGUCUGUGAGCUAGACUUAGUAUUUAAUUUUCACAAGGUGUAUUUGAUACUUGAUGAAUUUAUUCUUGCCGGGGAGCUGCAAGAAACAAGCAAGAGGGCCAUCAUUGAGAGAAUGGGGGAGUUGGAAAAACAAGAAUGACAACUUGAUCCAAAAAUGUCGGCAAGCUGAUUUAUUGUAGUUCAGUUAUAUGUUACUGUUGCGUGUAAAUCCAGUUUUAAAAAGGUAUCAAGAGAAUUAUAAGAGAGAAAUUAUUGGUUGCCUUCAUUUGUUGUUUGAUUGGUGGAUUUGUAGAAUUUAUCACAUUUUCUGUGAAUUAAACAUCUUCUUUGAUCUUUUCCGUAAGAUCUGUAUCUUGCUGAGUAUCUCACUAUUGCGUAGAAGUUGUUUUAUCAAGGAUCAGAGCUGCAUAAUUUGCUGAACAAAUUGUAUUUGAUCUGAUUGCAGUUGUGGAA